CUCAGGAGUUUGUACAGAGAUCUUCAAAAGAGAGUGUGUGAUCUUCCAGAAACCAGUCUACUGCUUUGUUCAUCUGAGUGUUCAGGAGUUUCUGGCUGCAGUCUACAUGUUCCACUGUUCCACCAAUACUAACACUGAGAGGCUUCUGAUAAAAAAGAAGUUCGAGAAGAGUUUUCAGGACAAUGUGGAGGUGAUGAAGAGGUUUCUGGGAGAGAAGUACAGAUACUCAUCUCUGGAUGAGUUCCUCAAUAGAGUCAUGGAGAAAUCCCUCCAAAGUAAAAAUGGCCACCUGGACCUGUUUGUUCGCUUCCUUCAUGGCCUCUCUGCGGAGUCCACCCAGGGUCUGUUACGAGGUCUGCUGGGUCAUACAGAGAUCAGUCCAGGUACCAUCCAGAGAAUCUCUAACAACCUGAAGGAGAUGAACAGUGAUGAAGCAUCUCCAGACAGAAGCAUCAACAUCUUCCAGUGUCUGAUGGAGAUGAAGGACCUCUCAGUUUAUCAGGAGAUCCAAGAGUUCCUGAAGUCAGAGAACAGAUCAGAGAAGAAACUCUCAGAGAUCCAGUGUUCAGCUCUGGCCUACAUGCUGCAGAUGUCUGAGAAGGUUCUGGAUGAGUUGGACCUGGUGAAGUACAACACAUCAAAGGAGGGUCGACUGAGACUGAUUCCAGCUGUGAGGAACUGCAGAAAGUUUGUAGCUGCAUAUGUUCUACUCUCCGAGACUCACUGUGAAGUUGUGACUUCAGCUCUGAAGUCCAACCCCUCCCAUCUGACACACCUGGACCUGAGUGGGAACCCCCUGUCUGACUCUGGAGUGAAGCUUCUGUGUUCUGGACUGGAGAGUCCAAACUGUAGACUGGAGGUUCUGAGGUUGACGAGCUGCAGUUUGCCAGAGAUCAGCUGUUCUUCUCUGGUCUCAGCUCUGAAGUCCUACCCCUCCCAUCUGACUGAACUGAACCUGUGGAACAACAACCUUCGGGCUCUAGAUGUUCAGCAGCUGUUGGAUCUUGUGAAGAAUCCAGACUACAAACUUCAGACUCUGDGGUCAGUAGAUGGUCUGAGUGAGUCCAGACUAGAUCUGGACUGGAUAAGCUCAAAACAAGAUCAGAAUAUUUCUGAAAGUUUGCAUUAAUAAUCUUUAUUUAGUGACUUUG